AUGUUGACCGUUCAGAAUAAGCUAUGUGCUCGAUCGGUUGUGGGGUUGAUGUCUGUUCAGUCUCCCUCCAUUGUAGCACUGAACGGUAGUCAAAAACGGCAUUUUCGACUUUUGCAAAAGGAAAAGCAUUUGGAUCACCAGAAAACGAGUGCGGCUCCAUGCAAGCCUGUGUCUCAGGACCUUGGUAAGGUUUCGCUUUUGACAUCUUUCAGGAAUGGAGCGAAAUGCAUGGUUGACCGUAGUAACACUGCUACAAAUGGUAUGCUCAUGGCCUCUUCCAUGCUGUGGCCUCACAAUCUUUUACAAAGCUUCGUUCAAUCCAUUCACGUUUGGUCAGGUAUGCCUUGGUGGGCUUCCAUCGCUGCGACGGCUGUUGGAAUGCGUAUCACCAUGCUUCCACUAAUGAUUAAGAUGAUACGAACUUCUUCCAAACUAGCAGUUAUCAACCCUCAAGUCUCUCAACACAUGGUUGCUUUGCAAAGGGCCAAAGCAGAAAAGAACAAUACUGGCAUGUCGGAAGCAACCACUAAAAUCCAAGAUCUGUAUCGUUCCAACAAUGUCAAUCCAUUGAGCCUUCUUACCGCUCCCGUGGUGCAAGGUGUGGUCUUUAUAAGUUUCUUCUAUGCUUUAAAAUGUAUGGCCGGUGUCCCUGUCGAUGGUCUUACAGAAGGUGGAUUUCUCUGGGUGCAAAAUUUAACAAAGGCCGAUCCUUAUGCCGUUUUCCCAAUUUUGAAUGGACUUUUGAUGCUUUUCAAUAUUGAAGCUGGUAGCGAAACUGGCACCAAUAAAGCAGCAAUGGCACCAGGAAUGAAACGCUUUUUCAGAUUGUUGUGUGCCGCUAGUCCUGUCUUUACCAUGAGUUUCCCAAUGGCCAUUUUCAUGUAUUGGGUUCCCAGUAAUAUUUUCAGUGUUUUCCAAGGUCUUUUGUUGAAGAACCAAUCUUUGCGAAACAAAUUGGAUCUUCCUGAGGUUCCCGCAGUAAACCAAACUGCCGCUUCACCUCAAAACGAAUCUUUCCUUCGAUCUUUCACCGGUAUCAUGGACGGAGUUCGUGAGCAAAAGAAGUAUCCCGAAGCAUCUGAUAUCCUGAAGCCUUUCCAUAAAGUAAACGAUCAAGAGUCAACUUCUACACUAAAUCACUCUAAUGAAAAAUCGGGUCCCAAAUCCUCCUCUGAAACUUCUACCAAGCUUUGA